AACCUUGAACUCUCUACAACUGCUAGCUAAAACGGAAAAAUUUGGCUACUGCGCAGCUCAGUGUAAUUGGAAAUUGAAAUCAGGAAGAUAAAAAUUGAAUCCCGCAAGAGAACCAGCUCAAGUGAAUCCAACAAAAUGGUCUAUACAGAACGCACCGACAAGUGCCUGGCGUCCAGCAAAGACAAUGCCGGACAGCAGGGCAAAUCCCAGCCGAAGCAUCAAUCCAGUUCCAGUUCCAGCUCCAGCUCCAGCUCCAGCUCCGGCGCCUGGAGCAGCAAGGCAUCGAGCGACGAGAAAUGGAAAUACAAUAAUAUGGUCAAGGAUAAUCGCGAACAGUUCAAUGGCAUGCACUUCUCCUAAUCCCCCAAGAGGGGGCUCGGAGUGGGGGCUUCUUUGGGCUAGUUGAUUAGCUAGAAUGCAACGUGAUUAAGACCAAUUGUUAUAUCUGGGUUCUAUGGGUAAAUCGUAACUUAGUGUUAAGUGUGUUACUAGAAAUUGUAAAACUAAAAAAUCAAAAAUUUACUAAAGAAAAAACAGAUGCGCAAAAAGGCAAAA